ACCCCGGUUCUCCUCGUUCUCCGUUCUGCAAGAGAGGCUGGGACUGGUUCAGAUGCUGUGGAGCGUCCCCUUCCCAGCACAGGACUCGAGGCUGCUCUCUGCCUUUGUGUGUUUAACGCCGGCACUGGCUUGGGGCAACCCGUUCGGUUUCCUGCUUCCUUGUCGGAUUGUUGCUAUCUGAGCCGCGGGGGAGAGGCUUUGGCUGCCAGGGUAGGAUGGUGGAUCUGGAGAGUGAGGUGCCUCCUCUUCCUCCCAGGUACAGGUUUCGGGAUUUGCUGCUGGGAGACCAAGGAUGGCAGAACGACGACAGGGUACAAGUUGAAUUUUAUAUGAACGAAAAUACAUUUAAAGAGAGACUGAAGCUAUUUUUCAUCAAAAACCAAAGAUCAAGUCUCAGAAUACGAUUGUUCAAUUUUUCUCUCAAGUUAUUAAGCUGUUUGUUAUAUAUAAUUCGAGUGCUCCUGGAUGAUCCUACACAAGGACAUGGAUGCAAGGAAUUAAACAGGGGCUGUUCCAGUCAAAACUACACACCUGCAAAGAUUGAUUGGUCUCCUAUUAUUUGGGUGAACAGAAGCUUGCCUUUAUGGGGAUUACAGGUUUCAGUGGCUUUGAUAAGUCUGUUUGAAACAAUGCUGCUGGGUUAUCUGAGCUACAAGGGAAACAUCUGGGAACAAGUUUUGCGAAUACCCUUCCUCCUGGAAAUAAUCAACGCUGUCCCCUUUAUCAUUACAAUUUUCUGGCCUGCACUAAGAAACCUAUUUAUUCCAGUAUUUUUAAAUUGCUGGCUUGCCAAACAUGCUUUGGAGAACAUGAUUAAUGAUCUCCAUAGAGCCAUUCAACGUACACAGUCUGCAAUGUUUAACCAAGUUCUUAUUUUAAUAUCCACAUUGCUGUGUCUUAUCUUCACCUGUAUUUGCGGAAUUCAGCAUCUGGAGCGAGCAGGAAACAAGUUGACUCUCUUUGACUCCCUUUAUUUCUGCAUAGUGACAUUUUCCACUGUGGGCUUUGGGGAUGUUACACCCAAGAUCUGGCCUUCAAAACUGCUGGUUGUCAUUAUGAUCUGUGUUGCCCUUGUGGUGUUGCCCAUACAGUUUGAACAGCUGGCUUAUUUGUGGAUGGAGAGACAGAAGUCUGGGGGUAACUACAGUCGACACAGAGCUCAGACAGAGAAACAUGUGGUACUGUGUGUCAGCUCCCUGAAGAUUGACUUGCUUAUGGAUUUCUUAAAUGAGUUCUAUGCUCAUCCCAGACUGCAGGACUAUUAUGUGGUUAUUUUGUGUCCUACUGAGAUGGAUGCUCAAGUGAGAAGGGUGUUGCAAAUUCCCAUGUGGUCUCAAAGAGUUAUCUAUCUGCAAGGCUCAGUACUGAAAGAUCAGGACCUGUUGAGAGCUAAGAUGGACGAUGCUGAGGCCUGUUUCAUUCUGAGUAGCCGGUGCGAGGUGGACAGGACAGCAGCUGAUCAUCAAACCAUUUUAAGAGCCUGGGCAGUUAAAGACUUUGCUCCAAAAUGUCCUUUAUAUGUCCAAAUAUUAAAACCUGAAAAUAAAUUCCACAUCAAGUUUGCAGAUCACGUUGUAUGUGAAGAGGAGUUCAAAUAUGCUAUGCUAGCUUUAAACUGUAUCUGCCCAGCUACUUCUACGCUAAUCACCCUGCUGGUUCAUACCUCUAGAGGACAGGAGGGUCAACAAUCACCAGAACAGUGGCAGAAAAUGUACGGCCGAUGCUCUGGUAAUGAAGUGUAUCACAUUAAUCUGGAGGACAGUACGUUUUUUGCUGAAUAUGAGGGAAAGAGCUUUACAUAUGCUUCUUUCCAUGCACAUAAAAAGUUUGGAGUCUGUUUGAUUGGUGUUAGGAGGGAAGAUAACAAAAACAUUUUGCUGAAUCCAGGCCCUCGAUAUAUUAUGAGCUCUACAGAUAUAUGUUUUUAUAUCAACAUUACCAAAGAAGAAAAUUCAGCUUUUAAAAAGCAAGAACAUCAUAGAAAAAAUAAUGAAUCCAAAUCAUACUACCAUGGACCUUCUAGGUUGCCCUUGCACAGUGUAAUUGCCAGUAUGGGGACCGUGGCUAUAGAUUUACAAGAUACAGGAUGUAGAUCUUCCAGUGGACCUACCCUAACCCUUCCUUCAGAGGGAAGUAAAAAUGGCAGAAGAUCUAGCAUAGCACCUGUUUUGGAGGUUGCAGACUCCUCAUCACUUCAAGCGUGUGAUCUUCUAAGUGACCAGUCAGAGGAUGAAACUACUCCAUCAGAUGAUGACAUUUCUACAGGUUUAGAGUAUGCUAAAGGUUAUCCUCCUUACUCUCCUUAUAUUGGAAGUUCUCCCACAUUUUGCCAUCUGCUGCAUGAAAAAGUGCCAUUUUGUUGUUUAAGACUGGACAAGGGGUGCCAGCAUAACUACUAUGAAGAUGCCAAAGCCUAUGGAUUCAAAAAUAAAUUGAUUAUAGUUGCAGCAGAGACAGCUGGAAAUGGCUUAUACAACUUUAUUGUUCCACUCAGAGCUUAUUACAGACCAAAGAAAGAACUCAACCCUAUAGUAUUACUUCUGGAUAACCCGCCAGAUAUGCAUUUUCUGGAUGCAAUCUGUUGGUUUCCAAUGGUUUACUACAUGGUGGGCUCUAUUGACAACCUAGAUGAUUUGCUAAGAUGUGGGGUGACCUUCGCUGCCAACAUGGUGGUUGUGGACAAGGAAAGUACUAUGAGUGCUGAGGAAGACUAUAUGGCAGAUGCCAAGACUAUUGUAAAUGUACAAACUCUCUUUAGGUUAUUUUCAAGUCUAAGCAUAAUCACAGAACUAACUCACCCAGCCAAUAUGAGAUUCAUGCAGUUCAGAGCCAAAGACUGCUACUCUCUUGCGCUAUCAAAGCUGGAAAAGAAAGAACGUGAGAAGGGUUCUAAUCUGGCAUUUAUGUUUCGACUGCCUUUUGCUGCUGGAAGGGUUUUCAGCAUCAGUAUGUUGGACACCUUGCUGUACCAGUCAUUUGUGAAGGAUUAUAUGAUCUCUAUCACAAGACUUCUGCUGGGACUAGAUACCACACCAGGAUCUGGGUUUCUUUGUUCUAUGAAAAUCACAGAAGAUGACCUAUGGAUUAGGACAUAUGCCAGACUAUAUCAGAAACUUUGUUCUUCAACAGGAGAUAUUCCUAUUGGAAUCUAUAGAACUGAAUCACAAAAACUUACAACAUCUGAGUCACGAGAAAUGGCUUCACAAUCUCAAAUUUCUAUUAGUGUCGAAGAAUGGGAAGACACCAAAGACACCAAAGAACAAAUAAACAACCGCAAUAACCAUCGUAACUCCACAUCCAGCGAUCAGUCAGAUCAUCCCUUGUUACGACGGAAGAGCAUGCAAUGGGCCCGACGGCUGAGUAGAAAAGUGCCAAAGCACUCCGGAAAAACAGCGGAGAAAAUAAGUCAGCAGCGGAUGAGCCUUUACAAGAGGUCAGAAAGACAGGAACUUGCUGAACUUGUGAAGAACAGAAUGAAGCACUUGGGACUUUCCACAGCAGGAUAUGGUAUGACUAUUAUUAUUGUCUAA